AUGAAGUCCUGCAGCCUUGCCGCAUUGGCGUUCGUUAUCAGUCCUUCUUUCUGUUUCAAUAAGGACAAAAAUAUCCAUCUUCAAUGGUCACUAUGUGACCGGGACGCAGAAGCCGUCCUAGAAAAGCUAGGCGAGGAAGUUCGUGAGCCUUACAAACAAAAUCCGAUCACCUACUUCGAUACGAUGCCGCCAACACACGCGCAGCAAGGCGUGAUGUUUCGCACAAAAGUCAACAAAGGUGACCCUUUUUCUGUCAUUAAGGUUCGCUUUGAUGAGAAGCCCGCACGCCCGCCUCCUAACGCAGAUUGUGUUUGGGAUCGAUAUGGAGACUAUAUCCCUUAUACGUGUGGGGCGCGGUAUCUGUUGAGUGACAAAACGAAGGAAGUAUGGAGUGAAGACCAAGUUCGCUUUGCAGAGAAGUACGACGACAUUGACUGGGAUGGUCUUGUUCCUUAUGGGCCUUUCCCCGAUGGUAAAUGGAAGUUGAAGAUCUUAGGACACAAAGCCAAGCUUGAUGAUGUGGUGGCUGGAAAAUUGCACCUCAUGGAGAUUGAGCUGUCCACCCCCAAGAUUGGAUCUGAGGAAGUUUACGACAAGGUUACCGCGUACCUUGAAGAUCACGGAGUUCUGCUCUGUGAUCCCCAGCAAUCGAAGACGGUGCGGCUGUUCCGUGACCGGGGACUUAUUGAUGACGGGGUGAGCGAAGAACUGUAA